AUGCCGUCUUAUAAUAACCUUAUCCCAUUAAGCAAACUUGCCCCCCAAGAAUCGAGUAAAAUAGAAAAGUCAAUUCUAGCCUUGCACACGUGCUCAAACGAGCAAGUUGACUUAAAUGAUACUCUUGUUGUGGAGAAUGACUGUGAACCUUUUAUUGGUCAAACUUUUGAGAGUCAAGAAGAGGCUUAUGCAUACUAUAACAACUAUGCAAAACGCCAUGGAUAUGUGGCUCGCAAAGAUCGAUCGGACACUAAUAAACAUGGAAAGACGAUUAGACGAGACUUUUACUGCCAUCGUGGGGGGAAAAAGCCUUUGAAAGUUGUUGACUUAUCCAAAUCUCAAAGGCAUAAACAAUCUUCAAAAUGUGAAUGCAAGGCACAUAUGCGUAUAACGUUGAAAAAGCGUUUCGAUAUAUUCCCGGAAGAAUGGCAUGUCACAAAGUUUGUUAAAGAGCAUAAUCAUGAAUUAUUGUCUUCUGAAGAAAUGAGAUUUUUGCCGGCUAAUCGUUCUAUUAGUCAACAGGAUGAGAAGCAAAUUUUAUUGUAUAAAGAAGCUGGACUUUCAGUUAGACAAAUAAUUCGAGUCAUGGAGCUUGAAAAGGAAAUCAAACAUGGGGAGUUGUCAUUCAUUGAAAGAGAUGUUCGUAAUUUGUUUGCUAAAGUUAAGAAAGUGGUUGGUGAUGAUGAUGUUAAGAGCCUAUUAGAGUAUAUGAAAUUGGCAAAGCAGGAAAAUAAUUUGUUUCAAUAUGCAUACACCAUGGAUAAUGAAAGGAGACUUGAACAUCUAUUUUGGUGUCAAUCUCAAAGUUUUGCAUUGUACCAAAGAUAUGGUGAUGUAGUUGUCUUCGAUACGACUUACAAAGUGAAUUCAUAUGACAUGCCUUGUGGAAUUUUUGUUGGCGUCGAUAACCAUGGAAAGACUAUUUUAUUUGGUUGUGCUCUCCUUCGUAAUGAAAAAACAUCUACCUUUAGGUGGUUGAUGAAGGUAAGUCCAAAGACCAUCAUAACUGAUCAGGAUCCUUGGAUGUCAGAAGCAAUUGCAACAGAAUUGCCAAGUACGAAACAUAGCUACUGUAUUUGGCAUAUAACUUCAAAAUUCAGUUGCUGGUUUUCAGCACUUCUCCGCACAGCCUAUCCAGAUUGGUGUGUGGCAUUUUAUGAGGCAUAUAAGACAACUAUACCCGAAGAGUUUGAACAUAAGUGGAAUACAAUGAUCCAUAAGUAUAAUCUAGAAGAGAAUAAACACAUUCAAGGUUUGCAAAAUGUUAAAGGAUUUUGGGCACCCGCGUAUCUUCGUGAUCAUUUUUUUGGUGGGAUGAUAACUACAGGAAGAUCAGAGAUGAUAAAUGCUUUCAUCAAGAAGUUUGUUUCUUCUAAUUUUAGUCUGAAAGAUUUUGUGAAACAGGUUGACAUCGCUAUUCAAGAAAUCGAUCAAAGACGAGUACAUAAUAACAUGACUGCCACUCUCAGACCAAUUAGGUUGGUGAUAAUGAUGUUUAAUGAAUGA